AGCAGAGGUGAGCUGGGGCAGGGAGCGGUUCCCCUGUGUGCCGCGCCCCCCCUUACUUGCUGCAGACGGCUCUCCCCGCGCCUCCCUGCCCCAGGUCCCUCCGCCUAAAUGCCAACAACGACCGGGACGGCCAAAGAUCUGGCCGCCAUGGCUGCUGCCGAAGGACCCGAAUGCCACCCCCCAAAUGCUAGCACCCUAGGCGACUGCCUAGGUCACCUAAUGGGUUGCACUGGCCCUGCAGCCAGGGCUUUGUCAAGCCAGGCCUUAAAAACCUCUAAGAAUGGAGAUUCCACCACCUCCCUAGGUAACCCAUUCCAGUGCUUCACCACCCUCCUAGUGAAAUAGUGUUUCCUAAUAUCUAACCUAGACCUCCCCCACUGCAACUUGAGACCAUUACGCCUUGUUCUGUCAUCUGCUACCACUGAGAACAGUCUAGAUCCAUCCUCUUUGGAACCCCCCUUCAGGUAGUUGAAGGCAGGUAUUGAAUCCCCCCUCACUCUUAUCUUCUGCAGACUAAAUAACCCCAGUUCCUUCAGCCUCUGCUCAUAAGUCAUGUGCCCCAGCCCCUUGAUCAUUUGCAUUGCCCUCCGCUGGACUUUCUCCAAUUUGUCCACAUCCUUAUUGUAGUGGGGGGGACCAAAACUGGACACAAUACUCCAGAUGUGGCCUCACCAGUGCUGAAUAGAGGGGAAUAAUCACUUCCCUCGAUCUGCUGGCAAUGCUCCUACUUAUACAGCUCAAUAUGCUGUUGGCCUUCUCGGCAACAAGGGCACACUGCUGGCUCAUAUCCAGCUUCUCAUCCACUGUAAUCUCCAGGUCCUUUUCUGCAGAACUGCUGCUUAGCUAGUCAGUCUGAAGUCUGUAGCAGUGCAUGGGAUUCUUCCUUCCUCAGUGCAGGACUCUGCACUUAUCCAUCAGAUUUCUUUUGGCCCAGUCCUCCAAUUUGUCUAGAUCCCUCUGGACCCUAUCCAGAUUUAGUGAUUCUAAGACUAUAUCUACACUAGCACUUUUGUCAGUAAAACUUUUGUUGGUCAGGGGUGUGAAAAAACACACCCCUGACUGACAUUAAGUUUCACCAACAGAAGCACAAGUGUGGACAGAAGUGGGGAGAUACCAUGGGAGACAGGGAUGAGUGUGUGGGGAGGGGGCACUGCAGGGGGGAUAUAGUGGGAGUAGUAGGCAGCAGGGGAUAAGGGGUAGCAGGGCACCAUGUGGGGUAAGGUUGGCAGAGUGGGUGGGGGACAGGGGCACUGUGGAAGCAGUGGGGGCAUUGUGCAGGGUAGGAGGGUCACCACUGGGGACACUGUGGGGCGAGGAGGGGGCUCCAUGUGGGGUAGGAAGCACAAAGCAGAGUCAGGGGAAGGGGGUGCCAGGGACACUAUGCUGGGCAGUGGGGCAGGGGCACAUUGUGCAGAGCAGGAAGAUGGGGAAUUUGAAGUGGAGGGGCACCAUGGGGGGCAGGACGAGAAUGGGGGAGGCAGGGAGGAGUGGAGUGGCACUGUGUGGGGGAGAAUAGGGGCUAGGAUAAAGUGGGGGACACUAGGGGGUUGGGUGGCACCAGAGGAGCAGGGUUGGGGAGCACUGGGGGGGCAGAGGGCAGCAAGGUGGCAUGGAGGGGCAGGAGCACUGUGGAAGCAGCAAGGGGCACUGCAGCACUGUGUGAGGUUGGGGAGAUACCAUGGGGGGCGGGGGCAUUGUGCCAGUUGAGGAGACACAGGAGGGUAUGGGAGAGCAGGAGUUUGGUGAGCAAAGGGGCCGUGUGCAGAGAGGGGGAGCAGGUGACACCAUAUGGAUCUGGGGAAACACCAUGGGACAUUGUGAGGGGCAGGGGAGUUAGAGAUGGCACAGGGAGUCACCAUGCAGUGUGGGGUUAUGGGCACUAUGGGAGCACUGGCAGCAGAAGAGGAUGGAGGCUGUGGGAGAUAUGAGGAGCAGAGUGGGUGGAGGGAUAAGUGGCGACACUAUAGGGGUCCCCCUCCCAUUCAUCCCAAGUGCCCCAUCCCCAUGUGGUGCAGCCCUGGGCAAGGAGUGGAACACCUGGCUCUGGGGAUCGGAAAUGGACCCAGCAUGUUCCCAGUCUCCAAACCCUGCAAGUCCUGUAGGGCUGGGCUAAGGGAGGGGUCUUCCAAUUCCAGCCCAGGACAUCUGGGUCCUAAGCCUGGCUCUGGCCCAUGUGUGAGCAGGGUGAGUUCCUGUCUGCAGCCCCGGGGGAUCUCCCUGGGUGGGCAGUGAGUGGGGACACAAGGCACAGGGGAGACACAGAGUGUUGCAGCCAGAGGUGGCCCCGGAGAGGGAGAGAAACAGUAGUAUAGUAGACCUGGUGAGCUUUCGAGUUGCAAGGAGUUCUUAGAAAUAGUCCAUCAUUUUAGUCCAAUGUUCCAUACCAGGGUAUUCCAGAUGGGACUGGGGAUCUCAAUCUUGCAGCUCAAUACUUCCCCAGAUAAAGCAGAAGCAAAUCUGAGAUGACAGAAUCAGGUCCCAAGAAUUGUUUAUACAGUUCCUGAACAGCACAGAGUUCUUGAAUGAACAAUAAGCUUUUGAUGUAACUUUUGGUUUCCCGAACAAUACCGGUAAUUAACUACAUGGAUUAACAUAAGGUGAUUUAUCCAUUAAGCAGUUCAUCACAAACUUUAAAGAGACAUAUAGAGAAUAACAUUAUCACACUUUCAGUUCAUCUAACUGUUAACCGUCCCUUUUGAUCUCUGAAUCAAUAGCUAUAGUAAUAGACAGGAAUUGUCUGUUCACCUGGCUAACAUCUAACAAUAUAGAUGUAAACGUACAAUUAGUAUUUCCUCUAAUUUUCUAACACUACAGGUUUGCAUUUCAACGCUCUAGCCUAGCUAACAUGGAACGACCUAAUUACCAUUUACAUACUUUUCUAACAUGUCGCUAAAGGUUGAAUCUGGGUCAUUUAGCCUGUGAGCUGCUUAACUCUUUCUGGCCACGUGUCACACCAGGGAAUCCACAUGGCGAAGAGACCUCACAAAUGCAAUGAGUGAGAGAGAAGCUUCAGUCUCAGCUCAGACUUCAGAGGAUUCACAUGGGAGGGAACUCCUACAAAUGCAGUGAGUGCAGGGAAAGCUACAAUGACCAUGCACACCGUACUGAGCACCAGGGAAUCCACAUGGAAGAGAGACCCCACAAGUACCUCGAAAGUGAGGCAAGCGGCAGCUGCUCAUACAUUCUCAGAUAUGAGAGAAUCUACAAGAGAAAGAGACCCUAUAAUUGUCCAGUUCUUGGGGAAAGCGGCCACAAGAAGUCACACCUUACUGAACACCAGAGAAUCCACACACGGGAGAGACCCUACAAAUCUCCUGGAGUAUGGCAAACGCCUCAGUUACUUCUUAGUUUGUAUUAGGCAUCAGAAAAUCCACCCAGUGCACAGACCCCACAAGUGACCAGACUAGCAACGGGCCAAGUGAACAGCACCAUGGGUGAUUUGCACCAAACUCACAGGCAGAGCCAUCCCUUGGGUAUGGCAAAUCGGGGGUUAACAAACAGUGAUCUGCAAACACCUGACCAGAGGACCAAUCAGGAGACAAGAUACUUUCAAAUCUCGUGGAAGGAAGUCUUUGUUUGUGGGUUUUGGGUUUGGCUUUGUUCUCUCUGGGUCCUGGAUGGGGCUAGAGGUGCAACCAGGUUUCUGCCAAUCUCCCUGCUACAGUCUCUUCUCUAUUCAGAAUUCAGGUAUCAAAGUCUCCUGGAUAAGAACAAGGAGGCAGCAUCCAUGGGCCUGCAUGGGUCAUUCUCAAGGAAUUGCAGAGAGGGCUCAUUGCAGACUUCCACCAGGACAAACAGCUUUGAAUGCUAGCACUGGCUGGAGAGUUCCUCACUGGAGUAGGCCGGGGUGAAGGUGCCACAGGUGCCGCGGCAACAGGGGAACUGAAGGACAACAUGGCCCCCCACAGGGCCUGCCCCUGAGACUGGCCCCACCAGUGCGCCCAGCGCUUCCAACAACACUGCACACUUAGCCCUGGUCUACACUACAGGGUUAGGUCAAAUUUAGCCACGUUAGGUCGAUUUUAUAAUGAAUGUGUCUACACAAGCAACUACGUUCCAUCGACAUAAAGUGCUCUUAAAAUCGACUGCUGUACUCCUCCCCGGCGAGGGGAGUAGCAUAAAAUUGACUUGCGUUGAAUUUGGGAUAGUGCAGAUGCAAAUUGAUGUUAUUGGCCUCCGGGAGCUAUCCCAGAGUGCUCCAAUGUGACCACUCUGGACAGCACUUUCAACUCCGAUGCACUAGCCAGGUACACAAAAAAAGGCCUGGGAACUUUUGAAUUUCAUUUCCUAUCUGGCCAGCGUGGCGAGCUCAGCAGCAUUCAGCAGCACAGGUGUCCAUGCAGUCCCCCCAGAAUCGCAAACGAGUUCCAGCAUGAAGCAAAUGGGAGACACUGGAUCUGACUGCUGUAUGGGGAAAAGAAUCUGUGCAGGCCGAACUCCGAUCAAAAAGAAGAAAUGCUGAUAUCUAUGCCAAACUCGCACAGGAUAUGGUGGAAAGAGGCUGCAAGAGGGGCACACAGCAGUACUGUGUAAAAGUCAAGGAGCUCAGGCAAGCCUACCAAAAGACAAAGGAAGCAAACGGUCUCUCUGGGUCAGAGCCCCAUACAUGCCGCUUCUAUGAUCAGCUGCAUGAGAUUCUAGGGGGGAUCCUACCACUGUCCAUGGACACUUGCAAGGGGGGAGUCUCAUACAACAUGGAGGAGGAUUUUAUGGAGAAGGAGAAGGAGAAUGCACAGCAGGCAAGUGGAGAAUCCGUUCUCCCCAGCAGCCAGGACCUUUUCAUCACCCUGGAGUCAAUACCCUCCCAAGGUGGGAUUCCCGACCCUGAAGGCAGAGAAGGCACCUCUGGAGCUGUGGGAGAAGCCCCUCUUUCCAGACAGCAACAUUGCCGGCUCCAGGAGGUUGCUCUGGUUUUGUGAGACAGUUUGUGCUUCUGGGCCCUCGGACCUGAUCCCCCAGCCGGCUCACGUGGUGUCAAAAACGGGACACCGAGGUAGGAAGCUAGAAGCUGGAUGCUUCCUGCCAGGGGCAUGAAUGAGACCGAAAGGCCUGGGGUCUGGGCUCAUCCCCUGCUGGGAUAAGGACACCCCUGGGGAGCAUCCAUGGCUGCAGAGCAGGGGGCAGACGGGGCCCUAGACCUGCAGUUUCAGAUCCAUGUGGAGCAGUCAGUGUGCCCCACUGGGCUGACGGAGCAGCAGGCCUCAGCUGGGCCUGAGCCAGAUGUGGGAUUGGAGCGGUCUGGCAGGCUGCCUAUUGUGGUGCAGUCUGGCACCAUUGGGGAGCUGCUGAGAUGGGUGGCACCGCAGCAGGCCCGGUAUGCGUCGCAGAAGGAGAUGCUGCAGCACUGGGAGGAUGUCUGGCAGGAGGUGCUGCAGGCCCUGCGCAUCCUCCCAGAGGUGAGGCCGGCUCCGGCGUGCGCCCUCAGGCCUGGAGAAUCAGAACUGCCGCCUCCUCCCGGAGUUGUGCCAGCACCGACUUGUGCACGUGGGUGUGAAAACCCCGCUUCCCAGGGGGCCAGAGAGUCACCCAGGGGUCUGGAGCAGGCUGGAAUCGAGCCGCAGGAGGAGACGGCACCAUGUCGAGAGGAGCAGCUGUCAGCCACGCAGACCCCUGCCAAGAUUAAGCCAACUCCAGCACCUGCAUGGAGAACCCUGGAGCUGCCACAGCUGGCCCCAGAGGACGAUAUCGAGGCCUAUUUGGCCACCUUUGAGCAGGUGGCUGACGCCUGCCAGUGGCCGAGAGGGGAAUGGACAACCCGACUGGAGCUGUACCUCACUGGGAAAGCCCAGCUGGCCUAUGGCAGCCUAGACAUCACAGAGACAAGUGACUAUGGGAAGGUGAAGGCCACCAUCCUAGGUCGCUAUGGCAUCAGCUCAGAGACACACCGCAGGCGCUUCAGGGGAUUCUGCUACCAAGAGGCCGAGGGGCCCCGGGAGGCUUACAGCCACCUCCGGGAGCUCUGCCAUCGCUGGCUGGAGCCACAGAGCCGCACCAAGGAGCAGAUCCUGGAGCUGCUGAUCCUGGAGCAGUUCCUGACCAUCCUGCCAGAGGAAAUGCAGAGCUGGGUCUGGGAACGUGGUCCUGAAACCGGCGCCCAAGCAGUGGCCCUGGCUGAGGGGUUCCAGCUGGGGCAGCCAGAUGCCGAAUGGCCAGGGCUACAGGUGCCAGUGCAGUUUGAGGACGUGGCUGUGACUCUGAGUGAGGCAGAGUGGUUGUUGUUGGAUGAGGAGAAGCAGCAGCUCUACAGGGACAUCAUGUACGAGAAUUACCAGAGCAUCAGCUCACUGGGUUUUCCGGUUCGCAAACCCAUCCUGAUCUCUCAGCUGGAGCGAGGGGAGGAGCCGUGCAUCCUACAUCCCCCAGCCCCUGAGGACCAGGAGACCCGGAGGGAUGUCCCAACAGGCACCGGCAGGGGGCUGGGCGCUGAGGAGCUGGCUGUGCAGCACCACGGGGAGGCACAGGCACCUGUCAAAGCAGCUCCAAUGCCAAAGGCCUCACCAAGGCGGCCCAAGAGGAAAGCGCCCCAGAGCCCUGGCCGGAAGAGAAAGAAACCCUCUCUGGAUGGAGAAGAGCCAGCAGCCCCCUCUGAGGGUGGGAAACAGCAGCUCCCCACCUGUCCCACGUACAUGCAACAGCCGCUUCCUUCUGUGCGCAUGCAAAAGCCUUUCCUUCCUGUAUGCAGGAAACAGCCACUGCCUGUUGUGCACAGGGAACAGCUGCCCUCCACUCCUGGCAGGGAACAGCCACCUCCUCCCCUCACCAGGGAACAGCCGCCCCCUCCCCUGAGCAGAGAACAGCCACCCCCUACCAAACUGCCUCACUUGCCAUCCCUGUCUAAGUCCUGCAGCAAGAAGCCAGCAGAACAAGAUUCCCCUCCUAGCAGUAGCCUGCCCCAGUCUAAGAGGUGCUACCAGUGUCCCUUGUGUAGUCAGAACUUCAGGCAGAGCUCAGACCUGCAGCGGCACCGGCGCAUCCACACGGGAGAGAAGCCUUUCCACUGCCUGGUGUGCGAGAAGAGCUUCCGGCUGCAGUCCAACCUGGUCGUGCACCAGCGCACCCACACCGGGGAGCGGCCCUACCAGUGCGGGGAGUGUGGCCGUGCCUUCUCGCAGAGCUCCAACCUCCUGACCCACAGCAAGAUCCACCUGGGCCAGAAGCCCUAUGCCUGCUUUGAGUGUGGCAAGAGCUUCCACCACAGCUCCAACCUCAUCAUCCACCAGCGCACCCACACUGGCGAGCGGCCCUACGAGUGCAGCGUCUGCGCCAAGCGCUUCAGCGACCGCUCCACCCUGGUGCAGCACCAGCGCCUCCACACAGGCGAGCGCCCCUACACCUGCUCUGAGUGUGGGAAGUGCUUCAGCCAGGCCUCACACCUGAUCAAACAUCGACGCACCCACGCAAGCCCCUGCACCAAGAAUAGAGCUGCCCCCAGAAAAGCACCAGUCACAGCAGUAGAGAGAAACAGCCCCAUAAAUGGGGCAGCCACUGGGGAGGAGAGAGCUACCCCCACUCAUGGGCUGAGUGAGAGGAUUGCCACGCCCCAAAAUGGAGCAGCUAUAGGGGAGGAAGGAGCAGCCCUGAAAGAUACACCCACCGUGGGGAAGGAUAGAGCCACCCAGGAAGUAGGUUCAGAGCGGGAGAAGGACAAAGCAGCUCAGAAAGUUGCUUUGGCCACAAAGGAGAUAGCCACCCCCAAACACUCGCUGGCUAUGGGGAUGGAGAGGGCAGCAACAAAGGACACGCUGGCCCCAGGGAAGGAAAGGGGGACCCCCACACCUGGGCUGGGUGAGUUGAGAGCUGCCCCCAUGAACAGGCUGGGCACAGGAGAGGACAGAGCCACUCCAAAAGCUGUGCCAGCCAUGGGGGGAAAGAGAGCACCGACUCCCGAUGCACCAGCUGUGCAUGAGGAGAGAGACUCCCUGAAAGAUGCACUGAGGGCAGGGAAGGACAAAGCAGCAAUAAAUCACACAUCAGCUGUGGAGAAGGGGAGAACCGCCCCCAAACUCGUGCUGGCCAUGAGGCAGGGAAGAGCUGGCCCCAAACACACACUGGCCACGGAGAAGGGGGUAGCUGGCCCCAAACACACGCUGGCCACGGGGAAAGGGAGAGCCGUCCCUGAACAUGCACUUGCCACGGGGAAAGGGAUAGCCGGCCCUGAACAUGCACUGGCCAUGGGGCCGGGGAGAACUGGCCCCAAAUACGCACUUACCAUGGGGAAGUGGGGAGCCAGCCCCAAAAACACACUGGCCAUGGGGAAAGGGGAAGCCAGCCCUAAAUAUGCACUUGCCAAAGGGAAGGGAAGAGCUGGCCCCAAACACACACUGGCCAUGGGGAAGGGGAGAGCUGGCCGCAAAUACGCACUUGCCAUGGGGAAAGAGGGAAAUGCCUCCAAACAUGCCCUGGGGAGGGCCGGCCACGAACACGCACUGGCCAUGGGGAAGGGGCAAACUGGCCCCAAUCACAUACCAGGCACACGGGAGCGCAGACAGCAGGGGAACCCUCUCAUGUCACUGCGUGAUAGGGGCAGAGGUAGCUCACGGGGGGAACAGGCUGUGAGGAGCCCUGUCACUGCACGGUAGGGUCCGGGCUGGCUCCUUUGGACAUGCAUUCAGCUGAUUUUUCACUGACUGGGUGUGAAACCUCAUCAAUGUGCAGGUGGGCAGUAAUGCCAAUGCCAUAGGCUCACACUUAGGCAGCAGUGGAGAAGCUGGCCUGGCAUGGGAUGCACUAACAGCUCAGAGAGGAAAGGCAGCACAAAGGCACUUCUGGCACCGCAGAGAGUGGGCCCUCCACCCCCCGGGGGACUGGAGCUGGCAGAGCAAGUGGCUGGCACGUAAAAUGCAAACCCAGACAUCUCUCUCUAGGGGCAGGGGCAGGAGGAGGCUGAAAUCUUGGCAGGCAACAGGAAGGGAGAGUUUGAUGAACUUUAAACUCUCGAAUUGGACCCUGAGCUGAGGGAGUGUAAAAGAAGCCCUAGAAAUCUCCCUCUUUGUGGAACUAAACUGAGAAGAAAGGUUCUGGUGUGACCAACUCUUGUGAUCUGUGGUCUGUCUCUUAAAGCCCCAGCUCUGCUUUUAUAUAUAAAUAGAAAAUCUGUGUAUAGCCCAAUGACUGGGGAGAAAAAUCAAGGAAACUCAGACCCUAUUGGCUACAAUGCCAGAGGGCAAAUCACUCCAUGUUAAUUUAUUUUAUUUUAUUAAAUCUCAUGAUUUU